AUGAGAUUGGUGGAAUUAGUAUACAUCCUCCUCCUUCUUCAUCUAUCAACACUACUUAUAAUCAGUAGUACUAAUGCUGCUGCUAACAAUGAGCAGCAGACAUUGAAGACCACAACUGAUUCUUCUUCUUCUUCUUCUUCUUCAUUGUUUAACCCAAAGCUACCACCAAGAGCUUUAUCAGUCUCCAAGAAAUAUGAAGGCUCCUCAAACCUCGUCAACCUACGGUACCAUAUGGGACCCGUAUUGUCGUCUUCACCAAUCAACAUUUACCUAAUUUGGUACGGCAAAUGGGCUGUUUCUCACCAGCUUCUCAUCAAGGACUUCCUCCUCUCCAUUAGCCCCACCAGAGGCCGUCGUUCCCGGGCGCCUUCGGUGUCGGACUGGUGGAAAACGGCCUCCCUUUACACUGACCAGACCGGUGCCAAUAUCUCCCGUUCUGUAGUCAUUGCCGGAGAAUAUUCCGACCGGAAAUACUCCGUCGGAACCCACCUCACUAGGCUCACAAUGCAGAACGUGAUUGCGGAAGCCGUACGGUCGAAGCCGUUCACCGUCGACCACAAGAACGGGAUAUACCUCAUCCUCACCUCCGUCGACGUCACCGUUCAGGACUUCUGUCGAGCAGUUUGCGGGUUCCACUACUUCACCUUCCCUUCCGUGGUGGGAUUCACGGUUCCGUACGCCUGGGUCGGGAACUCCGGGAAACAGUGCCCGGAAGUCUGCGCGUACCCGUUCGCCGUCCCCGGGUACAUGGCCGGGAAUGGGCCGGCGGCGCUGAAACCGCCGAACGGGGACGUGGGCGUGGACGGGAUGAUGAGCGUGAUUGGCCAUGAAUUAGCGGAGAUGUCAUCGAACCCGCUGGUGAAUGCGUGGUACGCCGGAGAAGACCCGAUGGCGCCGACGGAGAUCGGGGAUUUGUGUGAAGGGUUGUACGGAAGCGGAGGAGGAGGAGGGUACAUCGGGCAAGUGAAUAAGGAUAAGGAAGGAAGGACGUACAAUGUGAUUGGUAGGAAAGGAAGGAAGUUCUUGCUACAAUGGCUAUGGAGUCCUGUACUCAAUGCCUGUGCUGGCCCCAAUGCUUUAGACUGA